GCAUUGGCUUCGCUGUCAAUCGGAAAAUGGCAGCGACGAGUGUUGUCGUUCUCGACAGAGGCAACAAUACAACUUGUACCGUAAACCUUUUCGGAGCAACAGUAGUAUCAUGGCGUGUGAAUAACCAAGAACAAUUAUUUGUUAGUAAACAAGCAGUUUUCGAUGGCAAAAGAGCGAUACGUGGAGGAAUACCGUUCGUAUUUCCUCAAUUUGGACAAUGGGCGUUCGGACCGCAGCAUGGGUUUGCGCGGGUGGCGCGCUGGCACGUGGAGAAGAUGCCAGAGCGGUUGCCAAGUGGCGACGUGGAAGCAGUCUUCAGCCUCAUGGAUGACGACUUCACGCGAUCUAUGUGGCAUUUCCAGUUCAGACUAACGUACCGGCUGAUACUGCGUGAGAAGGAGCUGCACUUCAACAUCGGAGUGUACAACCCUAGUAAGGAGCUGACGUUCAGCUGUCAGAUGCUGCUGCACACGUACUUUAAGGUGCCGGAUGUGCGUCGCUGCCAGAUCACAGGCAUGCACGGCUGCAUGUUCAUUGACAAGACACGAGAAGGCGCCGUAUACCAGGAGACGCGCGAGGUGGUCACGAUCAACGAGUGGACGGACAGGAUCUACCAGAACACAAUGCAGGAGCACAUCAUCACGAAUGUGGUCAGCGGGCGCAAGAUGAGGAUACAGAAAUACAACUUCCCAGAUACAGUGAUCUGGAACCCGUGGGCGGAGUACGCUAAAGAGAUCCCGGACUUCGGGGACGACGAGUUUCCUAAUAUGGUGUGCGUGGAAGCGGGCCGCGUGGCCGCGCCCAUCGUGCUGCUGCCCGGCACCGCCUUCGAGGCCAGCCAGAUACUGCAGGUUAUGUAAGUAGGUGGCAUUAAUAACUACACGUAGCCGUCCAGUGGAGCGAUGUCAAUUGUGAAUGUUUAAGAAAGUUUUUAGUAGAAGCCAACCGCACGCGUGGUCGUGCCGACGUACUAAUGUAUAGGUACAUCGAAUGUUAAUAGGACACUGUAGGUCUAUUGUUGGAACAAACUUAUUUCAUUCUAUUUAUUAUUUUAUUUUGUUGAUAAUUUCUUCGCGUUUUUAUCUUCAUUAGGUCGCGUAUUUCGCGGAUUCUAGCACAAUACAAACAUAUAUUUCCUGUGGUAGAAACAAAAACAGUUGUGUAUUUCUUUCAGUUGUUUAGUAGCCAUAGUACAAGAUCUGCUUAGUCCAACAUACAAGGUUAUAGCCCGGACAUCACUUAUUUUUUGAUAAACGAAAUGUGUAGGACACAAUACCCGGGAAAUAGUCCAUACCAACACUAUACUAUUUUCUGGGUUUUAUGCAACAAAAUUAUGUAAUAACUAAACUGAACUGCUAACGGUACUUAAAUUCUGAAA